AAGCGAUUUGUUGAUAAACACAAUUCUAUCGAAAAAUCGAUCCCGUCUUGAACGCGAUCAAAAUGAAUCGCGGAAAAAUCACAUUUGGAAAAAUAAAUCUCAAAUCUUCUGCCCCAUCAACAAGCUCAGCGGAAAGCACAGAAAAUCCUUCAGCGUCUUCAGAUGGCACCGUAUCCGGGUUUGGAUCGUUCGGGCGUAAGGACAGCUCCUCGAAGGACGAUCCAGUUGAGCGUAUUUCGGAAGAGCUGGAUAACAGUAAGCUGCAGGAAGUGAUGGGAAUAUCGGGCUUCGGUCGAAAGCAGGCCAAACAGUUCGACAUUAAUGAGAUGAUUCAAAAGGCCAAGCAGAACGCACCGAAAGCGGUGGUGGAUGAGAAGGCUAUCAUUGAACCGGGUGGUGGUACGAAAGGGGAAAACGAUGAUGAUGAUGAUGACGACGAUGAGGAUGAUGAUGAUGAUGAUGUGAUUGGUCCAGUACCAACUCCUGAUGGAGCUGCGAACGAUAAUCGACGGAAGAAAGGUGACGAUUCGGAUGAUGACGAGCAGGACGAUGACGACGACGACGACGAUGAGUUUGAUGAAGAUGCACCGAUAAACAAGCUACCCCACUCACACGAGGUCGAGAUGCGCCAUGGUAGCAAGGCGGUGAUUGCACUCGCCAGUGACCCAUCCGGCGUACGGCUCGCUUCCGGAUCGAUGGACUACAACCUCAACUUUUGGGACUUUUCCGGCAUGGAUAAAUCGAUGAAAAGCUUCCGAUCGUUGCAGCCGUGCGAAAACCAUCCCAUCCGCAAUCUGUCCUACUCGUUUUCGGGCGAUAUGAUGCUGGUCGUGUCGGGAAGCUCUCAGGCGAAAGUGCUCGAUCGUGACGGGUUCGAGAAAAUGGAGUGCGUAAAGGGAGAUCAGUACAUUGCGGAUAUGUCGAAAACGAAGGGCCACAUUGCGGGUCUGACCAGCGGUUGCUGGAGUCCGGUUCGGCGGGAAGAGUUCCUCACGAGCGGUAUGGAUUCGACGCUCCGGACAUGGGUGUUUGCCAAGACAAAGGAACAGCGUGCGGUAAUAAAAACCCGGGCACAGGGUGGCCUGAAGACGAUUCCCAACAGCUGUGCGUACAAUCGCGAUGGUACACUGAUUGCGGCCGGUUGUAGCGAUGGUUCGCUGCAGACCUGGGACACACGCAAAAUGUUCGUCCACACCACACACUGCAUACGGGACGCACACAGCAAAGGUUCCGACGUAUCCUCCGUGCUGUUUUCAUACUCGGGCUUCCAGCUGGCCUCCCGUUCGAUGGACGAAACGCUCAAGCUGUGGGAUAUGCGUGCGUUUAAAAAGCCGCUCCACGUGUUCGACGGAUUGUUCACCCGGUACGACACAACAGACUGCUGCUUCAGCCCGGACGACACAAUGAUACUGACCGGGGAAUCUCUCCCGAAAGGUGCCAAACAGGCCAAUCUGUUCGUGUACGAUACGAAAACGUUCGACGUGGUCGCAAAGCUUCCGGUUACCGAUUCGCACGUCAUCCGCACGCUGUGGCACCCGAAGCUGAACCAAAUCUUCAUCGGAUGUGGAAAUGGGCUUAUUCGCGGACUGUACGACGAGAAGCGUAGUAUGCGCGGCGCCAAGCUGUGUGUCGUUAGGACGCAUCGGAAGAAGAAGGAGUCGGAAAUUGUCGGUACGACGCAGAUCAUCACCCCACACGCGCUGCCAAUGUUCCGGCAGGAAAAGACUCGCUCGGUGCGUAAGAAGCUGGAGAAGGAUCGGCUUGAUCCUGUGAAAUCCAAGCGACCCGAUCUACCGAUCACCAGCGGCCAGGGUGGACGUGUGGCCAGUUCCGGUGGAACGCUCUCGUCGUACGUUAUUCGAAAUUUGGGCUUAAGCAAGCGGGUGGAGGAUGAUCAGGAUCCGCGCGAAGCCAUCCUGAAGUAUGCGAAGGAGGCGGCCGAAAAUCCUUACUGGAUUGCGCCGGCCUACGCCAAAACGCAACCCAAGCCCAUCUUCAACAGCGAGGACGAACCGGAAGCGAAAAAGACUAAAACGGAGCAGUAGAAGGACGUAUUGAUAGGUUAAACAUGUAUAAGAAAAAAUGUUCCAUUUCUGCCUAUUAAAACAUGUGCUUUUAAUCGUAAAUUAAACAUAAAUGAUGCGCCGCCGA